UUUUACAGUAAGUCACUGACGACAGGGCACAGAUUUAACCGUAUUUUACCGUUGUCUGAAAACUUUGUUUCGCUGUUCUCAAAUUGUAUACUGCUCGAUUAAACUUUCGUAUACAUUUUUGCACAGUAGUAAAAAUUUCAAACAAACUUGAAGCACAAAAUCCUCGUAAAAUACGUAUUUUUCAUAAUUAAUUAAAUAGAAUAAUAAUACUAUUUUGUCAAUGAAAUACAGAAAAUGAUUGCAGAAAAAGUAUCAAAAGUUUUAUGUUUCUUGUUUGUGAUUUAUUUAUCAUGUAACUCAGUCUUUGCAGAUCAACCAGAAUCAAGUACACACAGAGCGGUACAAGUCAGAGACCCGAAGCAACUUUCUGGUUUUUUUGAGUGGUUGUUCGGACCUCAAGUGACAAAGAGUACGAAGGAGGUCAAGGGAAUUGCAACGUCCCCUCCAAUUAUUUAUCAGCAACUGACUCGAUUUAAAGACAGUUCACACCACCAACCACACAAAAAGGUCUCCACCGACCCUCCUCCUAAUCAUCCAUUGGACAGAGCAGAAGUUCAAGUGUAUCAACCUCCAGUCGUGGCAACAGCUAAUGAAACAAGUCUCUCCACUUUAGAGCAACGCAACAAUUCUUUCAACUCUAAUUCCACGCAAUCUGUCCUGCCCAGACCGAAGCCAAGAAAAAUCAGAAGCGAACCUGCCAACGACUUUCGUCAAAUCCAAAUAACAGAUAUCCAACAUGCUGUCGGGGCCGAAAUCAAUGAAGAUGACCUCAACUCAGACCCAGCACAAGUUAACCUUCAGGAGGAGUUGGAAGCUAUUGAUCGGUUAGAGAAAAAUUUGACCGACAAUUCCAUGAGAGCGAAACGGGAUGCAUCGUCAUCCAAAUUUCGCCAGCUGAACAUUCCUUAUGGCCACGAUGUGUCAUCCAGUAAUCGAAUCAAUACAUUAAGCAAACGACAGUUAUUACUUUCACCUGGUGAGCAACAAAUGUUCGCUCUCAGACAACAAGAAUUGGCAGCAGCAGCUAUGCUCCAGCAGCAACCGCUCCUCAGUCGCUAUAAUAAUCGAUACAUAGACGACUACUACGAUGACGAUUCGUCCUACGAGGACUCGGACGAGUAUUAUGACAACUUCAACAGGAAUGGACUUCAUCCAAUCAUGCAAGCAAUGCGACAUGGCGUGCGGAUUCCGCCAAUCCAUCAUCCCUACGGAAUUGGUAGGCGAAGUCUGCCCGAUGACCAAGGCCUAGCAGGCGGCCAUGCUUCCUCCUCUUCGCGUGCUAAACAAGGAAGAGGGAAUUCAAAGCUGUCCAAAACUAUGGGGGUCAGAGGAGAUUCGUCAUAUCUUGGGCCCAUUUCUAAAGCAGGUCGGUGGGGUACGAUUGAAGAUUAUGAUUUGAGCUCUGCUCCAAAUAAGCUGACAUCGAGAAAUGGAAUGCCUUCUCGUUCCGGAGGCGGUAGUCGAAGUGGUGAAAGCGUGGGAGAAAAGCACAAAGAGAUCUUUAGUGCUGCUGAGAAUAGGCGAAACAUGGCGAAAGGGAGAAGCGAGCUGUUGGGGAGACAGGAUUCACAAGACGUGAAUAUUUCAACCACCUCCAGCCCUGUUCCAGCAGAUAUCACCACGACUGAAAUUCCCUCGGAGGGCAGUGUGACAGAAAGCCCUACCCCUGCAGCAACUAUCCCUGACCCUGAUGAAACCGAAGAAACACCGGGUGAGCAUGAGGAACAGACCCCGAUUUCAGAACCGACUACUACUCCCAUUCCCAGCUCAACAGCAGACGAAUCUGAAGAAGAGACGUCAACCCCGGUUUCAAGCUCGUCACCACCCACUCCAGUAAGCGAAGCACCAUCGACCCAAGUAUCAGAAAUAUCAAAACCGAAGCCGACUAUCACCACUACGACUGUGAAACCACAACCGGCUAACCUCCCUCCAUAUCACCAAACCCUAAAUUGCCGAUGUGGAAUGCAAAGCGUUCGAGGUCAUGACAUUGGCGAGAAUACAAUUAUUCGAGCUAUGGUGAAUCCAUGGUUGGUGGCCGUUCGGACAAAAAAGAAACAUUUGUGUUCGGGCAGUAUCAUAAAUAACAAGUACAUCCUGACUUCGAAGAGCUGCGUCAAAGGAGCGAGAGGCCUAAUUGCUACCGCUGGGAUAGGUUCCGGGAUUCCCAAAAAUUUCUCCAUUAUCCACGUCAAUGAACACUCCACGAGGAACAUUGCGUUGUUAAGAGUAAAGCCUGCAAUCUCCCCUAAUUUUGCCAUGAGACCGAUUUGUCUUCCCAUCAGUGAAAGCAGCGAGAGAAACAUAAAUACAGGAACGGGCAUUCUCGUCACUUUCAAAAAGAGCUCGUUGAGAGGCAGCUCAGGGUUGCAAUUGGUGCAGACAGAAGUUCCAAUGCUAAGUAGCGCCAAGUGUACCAACUCUCCAGGCGGCUCAGCAGGGUCCAGAAAUAUCUGUCCUGGACCCCCUGGCACCAUGAAAUGCGGGGGAGAUUCUGGUGGAAUUCUCCAAAUGUAUCAGAAGGGAUACUCGUACGAACAAAUCGGCGUUGUUUCUACAACUGUGGGAUGCAGAGCACAUAAAACACCGGGAGUCUACACAGAUCUCCGAAAGAGUGUAAAGUGGAUUUUGUACAAUACUAAGGACGCCAGAUACUGUCGCAAACCAAGGGUGACUGCACAAGACUUGAUUAACACCAAGAAAACCGAGGUUGAGUCAAAUGUCUCCGAGUGGGAGGAUGAGGAAAUUGAGGAUUCGAGUGACGACAUUGAGGCAGAUGAUGAGGAAUGAGCGAUUCGUUUCCAUUUUCCCUGAUCUUUCUAGGCAGCCGUGCUAAAUAUAUUUAUAGUUCUCUAUUGUAGAUAUUUCUAUUUAUUGUCCAUAUGAGUGAAGUUAAUAAAUCACAAUGCCAAGAUUCUCGAACCACA